CGCACGUUCUCUGAAUUGUUCACAACUGUCAAAAGCCCACGAAAAUUUCUGAAAUUCAAACAAUUUUAAACGUAUUCUCUCACAUUUUUUGACAAACGUGAAACCAAAAUGGAACGGACAUUAUCAGGCCAAUCAGCUCCUUCAAAAACGAUCUGCGAAGAAGAUGUUUCGGACGCACCUACGGAAGUUCCGACAGUCCGACUACGUCUCAGAAAACCUAGAUCGAGUAAGAAAGUUCAGUGGACUCAAGGAACUGUCGAUAACGAAGAUUUGAACAAAAAGAAAUCGAAAUGUUGCUGUAUUUACGAAAAGCCCAAGACUUUCGGAGAAAGUAGCUCCGAAGAUAGUGACGAUGAGUGUGAACAUUGCCAUGGACACAAAGAUGACCACAAGAAAGUGACACCUAUCAAUAAAAACGAUACUCCACCUGACGGAAUUUCCCAUUCAGAACCGAUAGCAACUGGAUCAGUCUAAUUCGAUCACUUUCAUAAUUUAUCUUCAUGGAACAUUCAAGCAUCCUGCCUUCAUUGUACAGAAGUUAGACGUCGACAGGUGUAAAAACGGGGAUUAUACUUUUCUCUUUUUUAAUUUUCUAGCAAAUCAUUAUUUAUAAAUAUUUGGGUGAAUUUUAGAUUAUUUUUGAUUUUUAGCAAAACUUUUUUUCUCUGUAUUGAAAGAAAAAAAGUAAGACUCGGUUUUUUAAUAUUGAUUGUCUGAUAAAAAUAGCUUACAUAUUGGGAAUGGUUAAACUGCCAUGCGCCAUCUGGCGAAAAGAAUCCGAAUUAGAAAGAAUGGGUAUGAUUUUAAAGAAGCAUUUUAAUUUGCCCAUAAAAAUGUUCAUUAUGACAUCUUUCAGUUUAAAAUGCGCAUUUCCAAAAUCGUCCACUUUAACAAAUUUAAAAUUUUAGAUUUUAAUUAUUAAGUGUACAUUUUAAUUUAAAGAAUUUUAUAAUGUAGUUUUAAAUACUUAAGCCAAUAAAAAUCAGAAGCAUUUCAAAUCGAAAAUUUUAGAUAAAACGCAUUUUUAGCUGAUCAACUGUGAAUAUAAAUUAAUA